GCUGCGCGGGCCACCCGGGGCCCCCAGGGUGAGAGGGGGCCGGAGCGGCGCCCCCGGCGCCCGCGCGGGGUCUCCCCCAUGGUGCAGCGGGGUUCGGGAUGUCGAAGACGCUGAAGAAGAAGAAGCACUGGCUCAGCAAGGUGCAGGAGUGCGCGGUGUCCUGGGCCGGGCCCCCGGGCGACUUGGGCGCCGAGAUCCGGGGCGGCGCGGAGCGCGGCGAGUUCCCCUACCUGGGGCGGCUCCGCGAGGAGCCAGGCGGGGGCACCUGCUGCGUCGUCUCGGGCAAGGCGCCCAGCCCGGGGGAUGUGCUGCUGGAGGUGAACGGGACGCCUGUCAGCGGGCUCACCAACCGGGACACCCUGGCUGUCAUCCGCCACUUCCGCGAACCCAUCCGUCUCAAGACUGUGAAGCCAGGCAAAGUCAUUAAUAAAGAUUUGCGACAUUACCUGAGUCUUCAGUUUCAGAAAGGAUCAGUUGACCACAAACUGCAGCAAGUGAUUAGAGAUAAUCUCUAUUUGAGAACUAUUCCAUGCACUACAAGGGCCCCCAGGGAUGGGGAAGUACCAGGGGUGGACUAUAAUUUCAUUUCUGUUGAACAGUUCAAAGCACUGGAAGAGAGUGGAGCAUUAUUAGAAAGUGGAACGUAUGAUGGAAACUUCUAUGGAACUCCCAAGCCUCCAGCAGAACCCAGCCCUUUCCAGCCAGAUCCAGUUGAUCAGGUCCUCUUUGAUAAUGAGUUUGACACAGAAUCCCAAAGAAAACGAACUACAUCUGUCAGCAAGAUGGAAAGAAUGGACAGUUCUCUUCCUGAAGAGGAAGAAGAUGAAGACAAGGAAGCUGUUAACGGUAGUGGAAAUGCAGCAGAAAACAGAGAGAGGCAUUCUGAGUCGUCUGAUUGGAUAAAGACUGUCCCAAGUUACAACCAAACAAAUAGUUCCAUGGACUUUAGAAAUUAUAUGAUGAGAGACGAGAAUCUGGAACCGCUCCCCAAAAACUGGGAAAUGGCCUACACUGAUACGGGGAUGAUCUACUUCAUUGACCACAAUACCAAGACAACCACCUGGUUGGAUCCUCGUCUUUGUAAGAAAGCCAAAGCCCCUGAAGACUGUGAAGAUGGAGAACUUCCUUAUGGCUGGGAGAAAAUUGAAGACCCUCAGUAUGGGACCUACUAUGUUGAUCACCUUAACCAGAAAACCCAGUUUGAAAAUCCAGUGGAGGAAGCCAAAAGGAAAAAGCAGUUAGGACAGGCUGAUACUGGGUCUUCAAAACCAGAUAUGGAAAAAUCACACUUUACUCGAGAUCCAUCCCAGCUUAAAGGCAUCCUUGUUCGAGCAUCAUUAAAAAAAAGCACAAUGGGAUUUGGUUUUACCAUUAUUGGUGGAGAUAGGCCUGAUGAGUUCCUACAAGUGAAAAAUGUGCUGAAAGAUGGUCCUGCAGCUCAGGAUGGGAAAAUUGCACCAGGUGAUGUUAUUGUAGACAUCAAUGGCAACUGUGUCCUUGGUCACACCCAUGCAGAUGUUGUCCAGAUGUUUCAACUGGUACCCGUCAAUCAGUAUGUAAACCUCACUUUAUGUCGUGGUUAUCCACUUCCUGAUGACAAUGAAGAUCCUGUUGUGGACAUUGUUGCUGCUACUCCUGUCAUCAAUGGACAGUCAUUAACUAAGGGAGAGACUUGCAUGAAUACUCAGGAUUUUAAGUCAGGAGCAAUGGUUCUGGACCAGAAUGGAAAAUCGGGGCACGCCUUGAUCAGUGAUCGUCUCAAUGGACCAUCAGAUCUGAGUGAGCAGAGAGCGUCUAUGGCAUCGUCAGGCAGCUCCCAACCAGAACUAGUGACUAUCCCUCUGAUCAAGGGCCCUAAAGGCUUUGGGUUUGCCAUUGCUGACAGCCCAACUGGACAGAAGGUGAAAAUGAUAUUGGAUAGUCAGUGGUGUCAAGGCCUACAGAAAGGGGAUAUAAUUAAGGAAAUUUACCGUCAAAAUGUGCAGAAUUUAACACAUCUCCAAGUGGUAGAGGUGCUAAAGCAGUUUCCAGUAGGUGCAGAUGUACCAUUGCUUAUCUUAAGAGGAGGUCCUCCUUCACCAACUAAAACUGCCAAAAUGAAAACAGAUAAAAAGGAAAAUUCAGGAAGUUUGGAGGCCAUAAAUGAGCCCAUUCCCCAGCCUAUGCCUUUUCCACCCAGCAUUAUCAGGUCAGGAUCCCCGAAAUUGGAUCCUUCUGAGGUCUACCUGAAAUCUAAGACUUUAUAUGAAGAUAAACCGCCAAACACCAAAGAUUUGGAUGUUUUUCUUCGGAAACAAGAAUCAGGGUUUGGCUUUAGAGUGCUGGGAGGAGAUGGACCUGACCAAUCUGUAUACAUUGGGGCCAUCAUUCCUCUGGGUGCAGCUGAGAAAGAUGGUCGUCUCCGUGCAGCUGAUGAGCUGAUGUGCAUUGAUGGAAUUCCUGUUAAAGGGAAAUCACACAAACAAGUGCUAGACCUAAUGACGACUGCUGCUCGAAAUGGCCAUGUGUUAUUAACUGUCAGAAGAAAGAUCUUCUACAGUGAGAAACAACCUGAGGAUGACAGCUCUCAAGCCUUCCUUUCAACACAGAAUGGCUCUCCCCGCCUGAACCGAGCAGAGGUCCCAGCCAGGCCUGCUCCCCAGGAGGCCUAUGAUGUUGUCUUGCAACGAAAAGAAAAUGAAGGAUUUGGCUUUGUCAUUCUCACUUCCAAAAGCAAGCCACCUCCAGGAGUUAUUCCUCAUAAAAUUGGCCGAGUCAUAGAAGGAAGUCCAGCUGAUCGCUGUGGGAAGCUGAAAGUUGGAGAUCAUAUCUCUGCAGUGAAUGGGCAGUCCAUUGUUGAACUGUCCCAUGAUAACAUUGUUCAGCUGAUCAAAGAUGCCGGUGUCACCGUCACACUAACAGUCAUUGCUGAAGAAGAGCAUCUUGGUCCACCAUCAGGAACAAACUCCGCCAGGCAAAGCCCAGCCCUGCAGCACAGGUCCGUGGGACAGUCACAGGCCAACCACAUACCUGGGGACAGAAGUGUCACAGAAGGUGAAAUUGGAAAAGACGUCCUCACUUCCUACAGACACUCGUGGUCUGACCACAAGCACCUUGCACAGCCUGACACUGCAAUGAUUUCAGUCAUAGGCAGUCGGCACAAUCAGAGCCUUGGCUGUUACCCAGUGGAGCUGGAGCGAGGCCCCCGGGGCUUUGGAUUCAGCCUCAGGGGUGGGAAGGAAUACAACAUGGGGCUGUUCAUCCUGCGUCUGGCUGAGGACGGUCCUGCCAUCAAAGACGGCAGAAUUCACGUUGGGGACCAGAUUGUUGAAAUCAAUGGGGAACCUACACAAGGCAUCACACAUACUCGAGCAAUUGAGCUUAUUCAGGCCGGUGGAAAUAAAGUUCUUCUUCUUUUGAGGCCAGGAACUGGCUUGAUACCUGACCAUGGAAUUCUGAAACACACAUCAGAAGUACAUUUUAAUUUGAGCAUCAAGUUACCUAGGCUGCAUGAAGGGCCUGCAGGAUUGCUAAGAACCCACUGUCCCCCUGGCUGGCUGCCCGCCUUGCGCUCAGGAAGGAGCCGCACCCACGGGCUCAUCGGACACGCCCGGCUCAGGCCGCCCAGCUCGUCUUCAUGAGUGUCUGAACAAAUGACAUGUUGAUAUUCACAACGUGGUCACAACUCACUUUAUAUUUGUGCCAAGUUAUCUACUGUAUCAUGUCUAUUUUAUCCUUCUCACGCAGAUAUUUCCACAGUAAUGAAAAAACUAGGUUUGGCUUGGAAGUUGAUAUUCUCAAUAGCAUGUUGCAUGUUUACAGAGAGAAAUAUUUGAGCCCUUGCAGAAGAAGAGAUUGUUAACUCAUCAUUAAAGAUGGCAGUUGCCUCUCCUAACAGCUUACUGAUGAUGUCCCCGUUUAAAAAUAAAACUCCCAAACAUCACUACUGGAAAGAAAGAAAAAUGUAGUCAAAUACUGACUUUCUUAUGGCUGUUUAUUUUAAUUCGGCCGGAUAAGGUAUUUCAAAUAACUGUUAAAGAUGUGAUUUACAAAUGAAUGUUCAAAUGAGAAAGCACUUCAAUUGAUUAAGAGUUCACCUCCUGCUGUGUUAUCCAACUCUAAUGUGUUACAGCAUCUCAGAUCACCCUUUUAGUUCAUUUAUUUUAUUAUGAAACCACAAAGAAGCAUGUGGAAAUAUUGCUUAUUGCUAUCUGAAGAAAAACUACCAAAUUUCUCUUUCUGGAUAUUUUGGUUGAACCAACUACUAAGUCAUUAGUCAUUAAUACAUAAUACAUAUUUGAAGAGGGACUUAAUCAUGAAACCAGUUUCACGGUCCGUUGCCAGAUGAGGUACCAACUCAUCUGGCAGCCGCUGUACAAGUUCAAGUGUUGAGAAGCAGAACCUGUGUGAGACCGACUCACAAGCAAGUGAGAACAAACGUGGUGGUAGACAGUCCUUGCUAGAUCUUAAUAUCUAGCUACAUUAACCUAUUUACAAAGAAGAAAGGGAUCGUAAACAUCUGCUUAGCUUGUACAGAUUUUCAGAAUUCUUUUCUAAAGUCUAAUUAGAGAUGUUUGUUGGAAGGUAGAGACAGUUUUUAGCUCCAUAAAAUAGAUCCGGGUUUCUCAGCCCCCGGAAGCAGCAUUCAGUAGCAUCUAUAAAUAAAGGAACAUUCUCAGAAUAAAACCAUUUUCUGGAGUAUUUGAACACACUUGUUCUGUCACCCUGGGUUCAUCUUGUUAUUGUGAAACACAUCAUGUCCAGGUCCUUCCCUCUCAGAGUCUGACUGUGAAAUUCUUUAAUAUAACAACUAAAUCAGCCCCUGUAGAUAAGACAUGCUUCCCAGAGUGAGAUUUCUGAAAUCCCCUUUCCAUCCAGAACUAUAUUUACCCACCUAUUGUAACUACUUGAAUAGAGAAGAAUUAGAAGGCUUGAUAAAUGCUAAGAAUUUAGUAUCACAGAAAUGAUUUAUUUUCCCUAUAGUCCACAAUUAGUGAUAAAAAUCCAAUUUUUGUUAACUGCGACAUAACUUUGAUGUCAUCUGUUGUCAGUCUGAUGUAGCUCUUUCCUAAGUAACCUGUCACUGUACUGAUUCUGUACUGACUUAGCAAUGUGGCCUUGGAAUGCUAAGCAAAAUAUGGAUGUACUGGUUGUAAAUGUUUAUAUAUUGUACAGUACCUUUAUAUAUACACUUGAGGUUCUGAUUAGAGAAAGAGACCUGUAAAUCGCUCGUUAUUUUUUAUAUAGAUAUUAAAAA